AUGCCUCCCAGGAAACGUGCGCGUGGCCAAGCCGUCGCGACGCCGAGCGCAACUCGGGACGAUGAUGCGAUGGACAUUGACACCCCUGCUGCCAGUGAAGCUGGGGAUCCCUCGAAACAUGACGUCUCGAAUUACAAUAAUAUGUGGACAGAUGACCAAGUCGCUUCUCUUUUUAAAGGCGUCAUUCGCUGGAAACCGGCGGGCAUGCACAAGCAUUUCAGGAUGAUUGCGAUAUCUGAACACUUGCGAAAUCAUGGCUUUGAUCCCGAUAUUUACCAGCAUACCAGAAUCCCCAACAUCUGGGACAAGCUACGGACUUACUACAAUCUCGACCUCAUCGAUGAGCGAGAAUACUUUGACGAUGACGAGACUGAAGAUAAAUACGUCGACUUUACACUGCCUCACUCCCAUUUCCUUGACUCCAUGAUGCAGAGAGCAGUAGCGGACUCUAGUGAAGCCCCUACAUCUCCGCCACAACUGGAACUCUCACCCGAACUGUCGCAUGCGAGAAAACGAAAGAGAUCAGGAACCGCAUCAAAGGCCAGGGCCACCGACGCCGAGGACACCGAGGACGGCACGGAUGCGCCAUCGCCAGCUGCCAGGCCAGCUAGGGGAUCAAGGGGACGCACGAGGGCAGCAAGCCAGCAGGCUAAGCCGGAGAAGAAUGACAAGAGUGACAAGGACAAAGACAAGGCCGAAAAGGAAAAGGCAGAGACAACGGAGGAGGAGGAAGAUGCUGAAAAUCAGGAGGAAGAGAGUGGGUCCGGGGAGGACGAGGAUGAGGAUGAGGAAGAAGGUGAGGGCGAGGGCGAAGAGGAGGAAGAGGACGAAGCGGACGAGAGUGCUGAAGAAGGUGGUACGCCAGCGUCGAGAUCAACUAGGGCAGCCAGGAGGAGGACCGUUGCCCCUAAACCUACAACGCGGAGGACAAGAUCAAGGAAAUAA